AUCUACCCAGUCAAAACCCCGGCCUUUCCGGUUGAACCUCCGUUUACAGCAAAAGAAGCCUUCCUGCACCACGAGAAAAACUGGGCGAGUCGUUUGGUGGAGAAUCGUGUCCUGAAGAUUCGCCAUCAAUGGUGCGCUGAGCAGCCCACGGGUUUCAAAGUCCUGUUGUGGUGCAACUCGUGCACUUGCUGCAAAGACAAAAAUGGCUGGCGUGGAUACCCCACGUACAGCGCGGAGGACAGCUCCAUUUCUCGCGCCUACACGCCAUGCAGCCAGCAUGGCGAUUUCGAUUCGAUGAGGAGAUGGACACCCCUUACGUCCACAUCUGAGCAUGCUCUCCUCGACUUCGUCAAAACCACAACACGCUUCACGACACAGGACCUUGUCAAGAUUGUUGAGAAGCAUCAAGACAUUCGGCCGACUGAUGCGUGGCUGACAACAUGGUCCAAGAACCAUCGUGUCAACAAGGGUACCAAAUCCGACCCCUUAAGUCAGUACAAAUGGGUCGAAGCGGACUGGCGGCGACUGGAGCGAGAGCUUGGCUCCGCGGACGGGCUUCAGGAGACGCUGCAACGGCUCGUCAACAAAGAGUACGUCAAACUAUGCGGGGACGGUACGUUUCGGCUCGUGAAAGAAGACGAGUGGGUUUUGCUGACUGUCGGAGCGCUGUCCAAGCAUUACGCGCCUGCAAGUGCUGUCUUUGCCUUCCGCAGCACCUUCAACCCCCUGGCCUUCGCGCAGUUUGCCAAGCUCGACCUUGUGGCUACCUGCCAGCAAUAUCAUGCUGACCUGCACGCGGGCGAAAACCUUGCGAUGAAAGCGGUUUUUCCGCGUGCUGACCGCCUGGCGGACUGGGCUCGCGUGACUGGGGCUUGCGUGCGGCCAAAGACUAAAACUCCAGCAUCUGACCCUGAUGGAAAGAUCGCUGCGUACCGUGCCGGCAUUUUCAAAACCAUGAAGAAAGCUCUGACUGCCCACGAUCAAGCUCUGUUACCUCUCAUUGAAAGAGCUUUCUAUUGCCUCCGUGCCAUACCAACUGCACUGCUGUUUCAUGCCCUGGCACAGACCUUACUUACAACACUCGAGGUGCAGGAGCCCACCGAGCGAACGGCAGCCAACGCUCUGCGUCGACACUACCUCCAGACCUACGACCUGACGGUUGCCCGAAGCCGCUUCGGUCUGAGCGACUGGGGCUCUGGCUCUGAAUCAGAAGAACCCUUGAGGCUCGCGGAUUGGUGGUGCGGGAUCCAGCGCGUCCAGCCAGGCUCAGCAUCUGGUACGCAGGUGCAAGAAUCCUGGCACCGCCACAAGCUUAAAGCUUAUGUGGGGUUGCGCAGCCCUGUCAGCACUCUCGCACAGUCACUGGCUAACUUUGCACAUUCGCGACUCUCCGAAUUAAUCUCCCGGGAUAGUCCACUCCCAGAUGUUCCCUUGGAGCCUUUUCCAGACAAGCACGUGUUGCUGGACUCGGACAAACUCACCGGCGAGGGCCGAACGUCAGCGCAUCAAUUCCAUCGCACCCGCUGCUAUGAUGUGUGGACCGACGAAGAAAGCACCGUUUUUGCCAUGCCAAACACGUUGGCCCAGUGGGAUCACGAUCUCGGCAAAUGGAACCGAGUGCCAGAUGAGUCGGUGAUCCCCAUGCCACAAGGCCGUGCCUCUCUGCUGCUGCAACUGUUGCGUGCAAAGGAACAUCAGGAGCUCGUUCGUGUACUCCGCGAACUCGGUCUCGGAGCAGAGCCCUUGAAACAUACCGAAAAGCUUACCAAGUUCUUCAACCAGCACGCUUUCGUCCUCAUCGGCAAGGAAGCCAUGCGGUAUUGGCGCCGAGAAACACCCCAGUCAGAGCGAUUGCAUGCGCAGGGCGUCCGCGCCUUCUGCUGCCAUUUCGCUGUCCACGGCUCGUGCGAGCACGUACAUGCCGCUCUUGUCCACUUAAAUCAAAUUUCCUUGGCCACGCCAGAAUUUCCGAUAAGGGCGCGGGCAGCCCCUGCAUUCGAGCGCGAUGCCGUGCCUGUCCUUCUGCCCGGCGCAAGUCGUGGCUGCUGCCAAGCACCAUCCUUCUCCAGCAAAGAAACGAGAGUGCUGCUGCAGACCGUGCUCUUGUGCAGCUUCUGCGUACCCUUGACCUUUCUGAGUGGCUUCCGUCUUUUCAAGCUGAAAAGCUCUGCCUCGCACAAAUCGCCUCCUUAUCUCUGCAAAACUUACGGAUUGCCGUCCCAGCUGUCCCAAGUGGCGUCCUCCUUCGUUUGCAACAAGCAGCGAAACUGCAACAUGCCCGGGCCUGAGCGAGCAUGCAUCCAUGUUCCUACUCCUUCUGGUCUUCGCCUCUGUCACAUGCGCAGUACCGUCUGGUGUUCGCCUGUGUCACAUGCGCACUGA